AUGUUGUCUGCAUAUUUCAAUGUAAAUUUUGCAAAAGCUGAAUCACUGCCAUUAAUGACAUUUCUUCAAAAAGAAUUUCAAUGGCAAAUCAAUAACGAUCCAAAAGAAUCUACUACCAAAUAUGGAACAACAAUAGAUGCUGUAUUUUUAUCAUCGACCAAUCGUCACAGAGGGUGGAGGGUCUCGGAGGGUCUUCAACCGACUCAAGCUUAUGGCUCAUCGGAAUUCUUCUUCCCACAUCAUGGGAUUCUCAGAGCAGGCAGCGAGACGACCAAGCUUAGGGUGGUCUUCAACGGCUCACAUAGCUCCAGCUCGGGUCAAUCAUUGAACGACUUCAUGCACACAGGAGCAAAGCUUCAAAAGGUCAUCUCAAAUGUGUUGCUCUACUCUCGCAGGCACACACUCAUAUUCAUCACGACGGACAUCACGAAGAUGUUCCACCAAAUACGUGUGCAUGAGAAUGAUUGGCCACUCCAGCAAAUACUCUGGACUGACUCAAACGGAGAUGUAUCCACGUACCUCCUCACAACGGUCACGUACGGAACUCGCUCGGCUCCAUUUCUCGCUGUGCCAGUCUUAGCACAGUUCGUCGAGGGCGAAGGAUCGAAAUAUCCCCUGGCAGUGGAACCAAUCACUAGAGAGAGGUACGUGGAUGACGUCUGCGGAGGUGCUGAUUCCAGCAAGGAUCUAAUCGAUACGGCUAAUCAAUUAGCCAAUCUCUUCCUGUCAGGAGGAUUGCCACUGGCUAAGUGGUAUUCCAACAGCUCGGAAUUGCUCAUUGCUCUCUCACCUGACAAUUCUCUCCAAGGCAAUCACAGCAUAGAUGACUCACUCACCAAGAUCCUGGGAGUCUCCUCGAAUCCAGGCACUGACAAAUUCAACUUCGCAGUGACCUCACCAGAGAAUAUCUCUAUUUCCAAGAGAAUCAUCCUCUCAGAGACAUCUCAGCUGUUCAAUCCACUUUGGUUUGUAGCUCCGGUGGUGGUCCGCGCUAAAAUUCUCGUCCAAUCACUCUGGAUCGAGAAGUUAGGAUGGGACGAACCAGUCUCUCCACUCACGGCUCACCGCUGGCGACAGUUCAGAGAGGCACUUAGCCAGCUCUCACAAGUCUCCAUUCCAAGGUGGCUUGGUUUGCUCAAGGUCUCAACCGUGGAAAUCCACGACUUCUCCAACGCCUCUCAAGUGGCCAUGUUAGCUAUGGUGUACCUGAUGGUCUUCAGUGGAUCACACUCACCUCAGAUUACACUCCUCUGCUCCAAGACCAAGGUAGCUCCACUCAAAAGGCUGACAAUACCACGAUGGGAACUCACCGCAGCGCUGCUUCUUGCCAAACUCACUAGAUAUGUUCAGGAUCAACUCAACAUCUCCAAUGCCUCCACCUAUCUCUGGACGGACUCAUCGGUAACACUCACCUGGAUCAGUCAUCAUCCAUGA